CAUUCUACAGAAAAAAAUGGGAAGGCCCAUUCUCAUCCCACAGACAAGGCUAAGCAAUUGACAUCCAAAUGGGCUUCGACAAUGUUUUACAGACCAGCCGGAGCUGAAGGCAAAUAGCAAUUGCCACUUUUGUGGCCAGGAAAAAAAAUAAUAAUAAUAAAUAACAAAAGAAUCAGAAACACCACCAUCGUCGCGAUAUUGGAUGUGGUUCCUUAUCCUAAGCCGAGUUCGCUCCCAAGAUUACACUAGCACCCACCGAUGACAGUUCAGUUCCUUCUCUAACCCACCCAUCCCCAGCCACCAAAACCCACAAACACCACACGAUCGCACCACCUAUGGACGCUCUAACCCUCAACCAAUCUCUCUCCAGAUUCAAACUCCCCACCAUCCCUUCUUCAUUUCCUUCCCAACAACAUAUCACCCUCAAACCUAGCUACUGCACUAAUCGUAGCUUCAUUGUGUUUGCCAUCCAAAACCAAGAUUCCCAGAAAACUCUUGCCAGAAAUACCAACGAGGACGAGUCCUAUGGCGAAGUCAACAAAAUCAUUGGUAGCAGAGCAUUGGAAGGUGGCACCGGGAUGGAGUACUUGAUCGAGUGGAAAGAUGGGCAUUCCCCAUCAUGGGUCCCCUCCGAUUUCAUAGCCAAAGAUGUGGUGGCCGAGUACGAGACUCCCUGGUGGACCGCUGCCAAGAAAGCCGAUGAGGCGGCCUUCCAACGGCUCAUCUCCGCCGAGGAAGACCUGCGAGACGUGGAUGCAGUGGACCCAGACGGACGCACCGCGCUUAUUUUCGUCGCCGGGCUCGGCUCUGAGCCGUGCGUGAAGCUCCUGGCCGAAGCCGGCGCGAACAUCGACCAUCGCGACAACAGCGGCGGCUUGACGGCUCUUCACAUGGCGGCCGGGUACGUUCAGCCCGGCGUGGUGAAGCAGUUACUGGAGCUCGGAGCGGAUCCGGAGGUCGAAGACGAUAAGAGACGUAUGCCGUUGGAUUUGGCGAAGGAGAUAUUGAGGGUGACGCCGAAAGGGAACCCAGUCCAAUUUGCUCGGAGAUUGGCACUGGAGAGGGUGAUUAGAGUGUUGGAGGAGGCAGUGUUCGAGUACGCGGAGGUUGAGGAGAUCAUGGAGAAGAGGGGGAAGGGAGAUAAUUUGGAGUAUUUGGUGAAAUGGAAGGACGGUGGAGAUAACGAGUGGGUCAAAGCUGGUCUGAUCGGGGAGGACCUGGUGAGGGACUACGAGGCCGGUCUCGAAUACGCAGUAGCCGAGGGAGUGGUGGGGAAGAGAGUUGGGGAUGAUGGGAAAAUGGAGUAUUUGGUAAAAUGGACGGAUAUGGAGGACGCCACGUGGGAACCCGAGGAGAAUGUUGAUUCUGAUCUGAUCAAAGAGUUCGAGGAGGCCAAGACUCAGGCCCAGGCCUAAUCGAGUACGAAUGGGCCAUGAAAGCACUUGGGCCUUUGGGUAUUGGGUGUUGUGUUCGUUUCUUCUUGUAAUUUUUUUUUUCUGUACCUCUCCCGUUAUAGGAUUUUGUGUGGAUUAUGAGUAUGGACAACCCCUAACGAGUUAAUUGACUA